AUGUUCAACAUUACAUUGAAGAUCAUUGAAGCACAGGGGCACUACAAGCGUCACUCCACGCAGCCGGAGCCGAAGUCGAAGACUGUGGGCACGCAGUCGAUGUACCGCGAGUCCGACGCGCAGACGGAUGGCCGCGGCGAGCGCUCUGGCGCGGGCGCCGAGGGCGCGAAGAGGAACGCGCAGGAUCGCGCCUCGCUCACCGCAGCCUCGAGGGCGCAGGCGCUCGAGGAGCUCCGGGCCCUCGUCCGGGGCCAGCAGGCGCAGAUCGCCGCCCUGUCCCGCAGGCAGGCGCAGCUGCGCGAGGAGAGCGAGGCGCUGCGCGAGUGCCUCGAGGCCUCGGGCGCCCUGGCGCCGGUGCGCUUCCUCGCCAGCCUGCACCGGAGGCGCUUCGCGGAGGUCAUCAAGCGGCACCCUGGCCCGUGGCCAGGGUCCCUGGACACCGUGAUGCAGAUCCGCGAGCUCGCCCUCGCCACGGCCGCGCACGCAGGGGCGGCCAGCGUGACGGCCUUGGCGGCGGCCUCCCGCGCGCUGCGCGGCGGGGUGGGCAGCCUGCUGUCGGAGUUCCCGGCGCUCUUUCCGUCCCAGGUCUACGCCAUCGGCGGCGCGGACGAGCGCUCGGAGACCCUGGGCACGGUGGAGCGCUUCGACUCCAGGAGCUGCGUCUGGGAGGCGGGGCCGCCCCUGACGGAAGCGCGCGAGAGCUGCGCCUCCGUCGCGUCCAACGGCGUGCUGUACGUGAUCGGCGGCGUCCGCAGCGCGGGGCAGUGCCUGGCGAGCGCGGGCCCCGAGAAGUCCAAGUGGGAGGCGAUGCCGCCCAUGCGGAACGCUCGAGGCGCCGCCGCGGCGGUGGCCUCCGCGGGGUUUAUCUUCGUGAUCGGUGGCCGCGACGGCUUCCAGUCGCUGGACAGCGUGGAGCGCCUGGACCCGUGCGCGCGGCGCUGGGAGCUGGUCCAGCCCCUACGCAGCGCGAGGUUCGGGGCCGCCGCGGCGGUGCUGAACGGAUUCGCGUACGUGGUCGGCGGCAAGGGCGGCGGCCGGGUGCUGGACACGGCGGAGCGCCUGGAUCUCGAGCGGGGCCCGUGGGAGCAGCUGCCGUCGCUGCACGCGCGCCGCAACAGGGCCGCGGCGGCCGCGGCGCACGGUCGCGUGUAUGUCGCGGGCGGCUGCGACGGGUCGUGGCAGACGGGGCUACGCAGCGUGGAGCGCUUCGACCCAGAGACCUGGGCCUGGAGCAUCCUCGCCCCGCUGCAGGUUCCCCGCUGGGGCGCGGCGGCGGUCCCGGCCGGGGGCAGCGUGUGCGUCCUGGGCGGCAGGAACGGCGGCGGGGCCCUCACGGCCGUGGAGCGCUUCGACCCCGCCACGGGCACCUGGGAGCCCCUGCCGCCCAUGCCCACGGCCAGGAGGUUCUUCGGCGCCGCCGCGUGUCGUGGCUGAGUAGCCUUAGUGUUUUUUCCCCCCGCGGUCCCCCCCGCGGCUUGUGCCGCCGCUGCCCGCGCGUAUCGCCCUCCCCUUGUUUCAAGGCGCCCGCCUCGGCUUGGGCCGCCGCCUCCGGGUCCUUCGCUCAUGGGACGUUCCUUCCCUCGGCUGCUCCUCCUGCUCGCGCCCCCUCU